GCGGCGGAGUCGCCGUGCCGUUUGGCGGGAAAAAAGGCUGAGGUUUUCGCGCCAAGUAGUUGUAAGGAAGAGUUGUAGUGAGGUUGCCUGUUUAGGCGUAGAAGCAAAAGCAAUUCCUAGGGAGGAAUUGAUCUCGAGUCUGAGAUGGCAGCGCCCGCGCCAACUACUUUGGAUGAUGCUGAAUUGCGAGAAGCUCAGCGAGAUUACUUGGACUUUUUGGAUGAUGAGGAAGAUCAAGGAAUUUACCAAAGUAAAGUCCGGGACAUGAUUAAUGACAAUGGGCAUCGUCUGAUUGUGAAUAUCAAUGACCUCCGCAGAAAGAAUGAGAAAAGAGCCAGUCGUUUGCUGAACAGUGCCUUUGAGGAAUUGCUGGCUUUCCAGCGUGCCUUGAAAGACUUUGUUGCUUCUGUGGAUGCUACAUAUUCGAAGCAGUAUGAAGAUUUUUACAUUGGGUUAGAAGGCAGCUUUGGAUCUAAACAUGUGACACCUCGGACGUUGACAUCCCAGUUUCUCAGCUGUAUUGUCUGUGUGGAGGGUAUUGUUACAAAAUGCUCUUUGGUGCGUCCAAAGGUUGUUCGAAGUGUGCAUUACUGCCCUGCUACCAAGAAAACCAUUGAGCGGCGAUACACAGAUUUGACUUCCUUGGAAGCUUUUCCAUCUUCUGCUUUUUAUCCCACCAAGGAUGAAGAAAACAAUCCUCUCGAGACAGAAUUUGGCCUGUCAACUUACAAAGAUCAUCAAACCAUCACAAUCCAGGAGAUGCCAGAGAAAGCACCAGCUGGACAACUUCCUCGCUCUGUAGACAUCAUUUUAGAUGAUGACUUGGUAGACAAAGUAAAGCCAGGAGACCGUGUACAGAUCAUUGGGACUUUCCGUUGUCUGCCAAGCAAGAAGGGUGGCUACACUUCAGGGACAUUUCGGACCAUCCUGAUUGCUUGCCAAGUAAAGCAAAUGAGCAAGGAAGUCCAGCCUGAAUAUUCAUCUAGAGAUGUUAGCAAGAUUAAAAAAUUUAGCAAACAACACUCAAAGGAUGUUUUUGAACAGCUUUCAAAAUCUUUGGCUCCCAGCAUUCAUGGGCAUGAGUACAUUAAGAAGGCAAUUCUGUGUAUGCUCCUGGGAGGAGUCGAAAAAGUGUUGGAGAAUGGAAGCCGGCUCCGAGGGGACAUUAAUAUCCUACUGAUUGGUGACCCUUCUGUUGCGAAGUCUCAAUUGUUACGUUACGUGUUAUGUACAGCUCCCCGGGCCAUUCCCACUACUGGCAGGGGUUCUUCUGGAGUAGGGUUGACUGCUGCUGUCACAACAGAUCAGGAAACUGGAGAACGUUGUCUGGAAGCUGGUGCCAUGGUCUUGGCUGACCGUGGAGUGGUUUGCAUUGAUGAAUUUGAUAAGAUGUCUGACAUUGAUCGUACUGCUAUCCAUGAAGUGAUGGAGCAAGGCCGUGUUACUAUUGCCAAAGCAGGCAUUCAGGCCCAGCUCAAUGCCCGUUGCAGUGUAUUAGCUGCUGCGAAUCCAGUCUAUGGAAGGUAUGACCAAUACAAAACUCCCAUGGAGAAUAUCGGCCUUCAGGAUUCUUUGCUGUCCCGAUUUGAUUUGCUCUUCAUUGUUUUGGAUCAAAUGGACCCAGAACAAGAUCGGGAAAUCUCAGACCAUGUCUUGCGAAUGCAUCGUUACAGAGCAGCUGGUGAACAGGAUGGAGAUGCCAUGCCUUUAGGCAGUGCAGUUGAAUUACUAGCAACUGAAGACCCUUCCUUUACCGAGGAGGAAGAUCAGGAGCUACAAGUGUAUGAAAGGCAUGAUGACCUACUGCAUGGACCUCGGAGGCGGAAAGAGAAGAUCGUAAGCAUGGAGUUCAUGAGGAAAUACAUUCAUUUUGCCAAGAUGCUGAAGCCAGUUUUGACUGAGGAAGCAGCAGCCCUCAUUGCCCAGGAAUAUUCUUCCCUUCGCAGUCAGGAGCAGAUCACCUCUGACAAUGCCAGGACUUCCCCUAUUACAGCCCGAACUCUAGAGACAUUGAUCCGGCUCUCAACUGCACACGCUAAAGCCAGGAUGAGUAAAAUAAUUGAGAAGCAUGAUGCCAAAGCUGCUGUAGGGCUGGUACAAUUUGCUUAUUUCAAAAAAGUUCUGGAAAAAGAAAAGAAGCGGAAAAAGCAGACUGAAGAGGACCCAGAAGAAGAAACAGAUGGUGAAAUGUCCCAAGAAAGGGAAGAAAGACAGAAAAAGAGAAGGAAGACAGAUUCCAGCAUGCAAUCGCCCACAGAAGGAGAAACACAUGAUCCUUACGACUUCAGUGACACAGAAGCAGAAACGCCAGAAAUUCAGGCACACCCCUCCAAGGUUCCUGAAGCAUCAAGCACUGAUGAGAUUACAUCAAAGUUGUCCGAGUCCAGGCUUAAAACAUUCAAGGCAGCCCUCCUGGAAGUAUUCAGAGUUGCCCAUGCACAGUCUGUGAAUCUGAAGACCCUGUUGGAAUCCAUCAACCGGGACAACCCAACUCCUUUUUCAUCAGCUGAAGUCAAAGCAGCGUUGGAACAGAUGCAAGAAGAUAACCAGAUCAUGAUGUCAGAUGACAUAAUUUUUCUGAUCUAGAGCAACUCUAAGAGAGGAGAAGGACUUACUAUGCUCCCCUUAGGUACUUGGCAUGGAUGGAACUCUACAGCAGCAUCAGUAGAGUUUGUCCUGAAAUCUUGGCUUAGCUGAUUGCUCCAUACCAAAUUCAAAUUUAUCUGGACUAAACUAUGGGGGUGGGGAGUGGGGGGAAUAAAGUCUUGACAGUUUUGUUAUUUUCCUACAAAUUUUUUUUUAUAAUUCAAAGAGCUUUGGCUCCACUGCUUGUCGGAUACAUGCAAGCUCCCCAAGUAAAAAUAUGUGCAUUGUAUUGAGCAGCUUUCUUUAUUGUUUAAACACAUAUUCUGAUGUGUGAUUCCCAAAUUCUCCAGACGGCUGAGAAAUUUGGGAAUUCCUAUCUCUGCAUUUGGAAAGUACCUAGAUCAGGGAGAUAGCUACCACUGUACAGUAAUGUUAUUCUGAACAUUCAGCCUUGUCAUAUCAUUUUACCAAUGCAUUUAUAAUGCGCCUUUCAUUUUCUGAUACAUAGUUUUAUAAACUCCAGUGUGGUAAUAAAAAUGUAUUUGCAAAGUUAAAAUUAAAAUAAGUUGAGUGCUCAUGUGUACCAUAUCUCCUCUUAUAUAUAACAAGCCCUUACCUUGAAUUAUAUUUUUUACAUUUUAGGUAAAUGUUUUUGAUGGAUUGUAUAAUAUGAAAGUAACUUUUUCUAUCAGAAAGAGCUUUUAUCUGUUAGGGAAAAUAGCACCAGCAUUCUGAAAGCGGUUCUGUUCUUAAUGAGCAUUUAGUUUACUGCUGAAUCACCAGGUCUUCCUCCACAUGCAAGCAAAGGAAGCUAACUGGAAUGCAAAGUAGCAUUGAUAAAGGGCAAAUAGGAAAGCAAUAGGCUGGGUCUUUCUGCCUCAGAGUGUUGUGUCUGCACCCCCCGAGCUGGGCCCCCUGCCAGAAAGUGACUCAGAAAGUGAGGGGGAAGGGCCAUCAGGACUUACCUCUGGAGCACCGGCUUCCCUGGCUCAGCUCCAGGAGCCAGAGGCAGGCCAGGUGGAGGAGAUAACGAGACCUCCAUCCCCUGACUCUUUCCCCCCCAAGGCCAUGCCUCCAGACCCGGCUGAUGGCAAUCAGGCCUGGCUGGACCCUAGGUUUCGUAGGCAGGAGAGGCAGAAACAGCAGAAGCAGGGGUGGGGCAGGCCUAGGAAGUGCUGAGUCAUGGAGCCACACCCCACAGGAUAUAUUUAUUUAUUUAUUUAUUUAUUCGUAUUUUUAUACCGCCCUAUCUCCCUAGGGACUCAGGGCGGUUCACAGCCAGAUAAAAAAUAUACAUAUAAAUACAAAAUAAAACUUCAAUUAAAAAACUUAUUACAAAUGGCCAAAUAAUUAAAAUAGCAAUAUACAUAAUAAAACCCAUUAAAACCAAUUAAAAUUUUAAAAUCUAGUCCAGUCCUGCGCAAAUAAAUAGAUGUGUUUUAAGCUCGUGGCGAAAGGUUCGGAGGUCAGGAAGCUGACAAAGUCCUGGGGGUAGUUCGUUCCAGAGGGUGGGGGCCCCCACAGAGAAGGCCCUUCCCCUGGGCGUCGCCAGCCGGCACUGCCUGGCCGACAGCACCCUGAGGAGUCCCUCUCUGUGAGAGCGCAUGGGUCGGUGAGAGGUAUUCGGUAGUAGCAGGCGGUCCCGUAAAUAACCCGGCGCUAAAAGCAGCAGGGCUGCUAUACCACUUCGUGGCAAGCAAAGCAACUGCUUAACUAGAGCUGAAGUACUGUUUGUUCCUGGUUGACUCAUCGGCAUCAAGAGAGAUAACAGAGACACUUGGCAGACACUCGCUAGUUUGCUGCCAGAGCUGAUAGUUGCCGGCUAAUUAAGUCAUCGCUCGGACUGAGGCAAGGGAGACCGAACACAGCGUUUUUUUCAUACACAAAAGUAUAAUGUAUAGAAUUAGCAAACAUUUCUACAAAUAUUAAAAGCCCUUGUGCUUUUAUGAUAUCAAGAUUGCAAAAAGCUUUGAUUUUUAAUGUUUCCAUUGCACAUUAUAAUACAGAAUAAAACUGAGCCUAUUUCUAAACAUGGCUUGAUCUUACAUCAUAUUUUCCAUGAAUUCCGUUUGUAUAUCAAAACAUGACCUACAUGGAGCAAUUCCAAUGCUUAUUAUCUGAAAUUUAGUUUCAGUAAGCUUAAAUAUUAAAUGAAAAUUUGUACUAUCCUUUUAUAACUCACAUUUCAAAAAUAAAAUUGAUUGAAAUAUCUUCUGGUUUUUUUCCCCUGAGAGUACAAUUACCAGCCUCAAUUAAAAACCUUUAAAUAUGUGUGCAUGGAUCUAGGUCUUUCCAAGUGGUUCAAGUUGAAACACUGGUUGACAGAACAUGAUGAGCUUGAUGUUUAAAACUGACCAGGUGAUGGGUGACCAGGUGUUCAGCAGAGAAAAGGGAACUUUUCUGAGCGAG